AUGGAAGAUCAAGAAUUUGAACCGCACCAAAUUUGGAACAUGGAUGAGACUGGUUUUCCGACAGUACCAACAAAUGUCGGUAAAAUCAUUGCACCACGAGGCUUGAAACGUAUAGGCCAGGCUGAAGCUGCCGAGCGCGGUACAUUGGUGUCUAUGGCAUUGGCGGUUAACGCAGCUGGCAACUCCGUGCCACCGUUUUUCGUUUUCCCACGGAAAAAUAUGCAGAGCUACUUCAUGGACAGUGCGCCCCCAACAGCUGGAGCUGCAUGCACUGAGUCCGGAUGGUUUCAACAGCCUGAAUUUGUCAAGUACUUGCACCAUUUUAUUAAAUACACGAAUGCCAGUGCAGACAACAAGAUAUUACUGGCCAUCGACAAUCACAUAUCUCAUUUGUCAAUUGAAGCAAUCGAUUUGGCUAUGGAUAACGGCAUUACUAUGGUAUCAUUUCCACCACACUGUUCCCAUAAAAUGCAGCCUCUCGAUGUCUCUAUUUAUGGUCCAGUCAAAGGAUAUUACAGGACUGCGGUCAAAGAUUGGCAAAUAGCAAAUGCUGGAAAGGCCGUUGAAAUUCGGCACAUUCCUGGACUUGCGUGCAAGGCAUUAGAUCAAGCCUUGACUCCAGCAAAUAUUAAAGCCGGUUUUACUGCAACAGGCAUCUGUCCGCUGAAUCGGAAUAUUUUUGGUUCUUCAGAUUUUGUUCAGGCCGCUCAAUCUGAUCAACGACAAACGGCUACUUUAAUUGAGAGAGCCUCUGAUAAAGAAAAUCAACGGCGCAUUUGUGUUUUGACUGUCCAAAUGGAAAUAACAGCACAUGAGGAAGUAUAUACUUCAGAGCCAUCGACAUCAAUAGUUUCCCGAUCUGAAAGUUUAUCGUCGUUGCUCAGUGAUAUUGGGCUAUUUCAACAGGCUACGCCACAUAAAAAAUCCAAUCGCGGCCGUAAACCGAUGAAAAGUGCUGUGCUUACCUCACCAGAUUUUAUUGCUGACCUCAAGGACAAGAAGGAGAAGCGUGAUGCAGCAAAAAAAAAAGAAGGCAGAAAACGCAAAAAAACGAACACAGGCAGCGCAAAUGAAACCGCCACCGAUCAAAGAGCGAGCUGUAAAGAAAAAAUCAUCUUCAUCAUCGGAUCUAGAAGAUGUGGAUUUCUGCAUGAUUUGUAUGAAGGAUUUGCCAGCUAA